CGGGGCCUCGCGGCGCGCCCCGGCGGCGGGCGGUGGCGGCGGGCGGCGGCGGCGCGGGCCCCAUGUGGCGGACGCUCGCCCUCGCCUCCGCCUUCUUCCCGGGGCUCUUCGCCCUCUGCACCCGGGCGCUGCGCUGGGCGGCCCCGGCAUGGAGCCUCCGCGACCGCGUCCUGCUCAGCGGCAGGCUGGUGUCGACGGUCCAAGCCACGAUGGCGACGGUGUCGGGGCUCACGGUGGUGCUUAGCUGCGGGGAUGUGGUGCGAGACAGGCACUGGCUGGCCGUGGAGUACAUCUGGGUCCUCGUUCCCUACAUGACCUACGACAUCUACGUCAUGUACCUCUGCCACUGGCACAAGAGCCUGGAGAAGGGCGUAGCGGAGAAGAAGCACUCCCUGGCCAGCGUGCGGAGCUUCCUGCUGCGGGAGCGGCUCAUGGUGACCCACCACCUCUUCAUCCUCAUCGUGCUCACCCCCGUCGCCCAGCACUUCAGGGGAGAGCUGGGGGACUUCUUCGUGGGCUGCAUCUUCACGGCAGAGCUGAGCACUCCUUUUGUAUCGCUGGGCAAAAUCCUCAUGCAGCUCAAGAUGCAGGACACGCUCCUGCACAAGGUGAACGGGAUCCUCAUCCUGGUGACUUUCUUCCUCUGCCGCAUUCUCCUCUUCCCCUUCAUGUACGCGGCCUACGCCAGGCAGGCGGGGAUCCCCCUGUACCUGGUGCCUUUCCGCAUCCCCCUGCACUGCAACAUCGCCAACGCCUCCCUCCUCGCCCCGCAGCUCUACUGGUUCGGGCUCAUCUGCCGCAAGGCCGCCCGACUCUACGGCCGCUCGCCCGCCGACAAGAGCAGGUAAUGGCCGGCAGAGGCAGCCGAGCGCGGGGGCUGGAGAAGGGCUGUGUCCCCCCCCCGCUCUUCUGCCUCCACGGCCAGCGCUGCAGGGACCGGUGCGGGGGCUGAGCAGCAGAAGCAUCCAUACCACGAGGCUGCUCUGGCGUGAGGCAGCCUUGCCAGGCAGCGCCGGCCGCAGCUGGGGGGACUUUCUGGGGGAAGUUUCCUCCCACGUUGCUCCUGCGCCUGGCGUCCUCCCGCCCGCAGGGGCCAGCGAGGAGGAGCUCUGCCCCAAGCACGACAUUCCUUCUGGUCUUCAGCGCUGUGGCACCAAAGUAACGGUUACACGAGAGGGGCUGGUUACAAAUCCCCCCUCUUUUGGGACUGACGCCAGCACAGAGCGAGGCGCGGCGCAAAGGGGCCUGCGGAGCAGCCUGGAGCGCGCCCAGCCCCACGCAGCAGCGCUGGGGCCGGGGGGAGCCGCGUGCUGUCCCUGCCACUGCUCAGAGCCACUCCUCCAGCUCCAGUUUACAGCCUCCGGCAGGGAGCAGAGCCGUGGUUCUGCACAGCCUGUGCCCAAUCUUUACCAAUGUUGCCCUUAAGCUACAGCUGCAUCCAGCCUCCCACACGCACCUCCCUGAUGCAGGGCUCAGACUCACUUCGGGCUCCCCGCUUACCCCACAGGGGCUUCUCACUACAACUGCCUGACGUGUGCGGCUGGCAGGUGGGGAUGGGGUGGCUCCCGUGUCCCCAGCAGGGCUGGAGGGAGAAGUUGACACCGGGAUCCUCAAACGGUUGCUCCUCACCCCUGCUCACCUCCAGCUGACACCAGCAGCACCCUGCGGGUGCCAGUACAGCCUGAGCUCAGGGUGUAGGGUCCAUCCCUCCUGCCCCAUCCUGUCCCCCCACAAAAGGAGGCCUGCCAGUAGCAGGGAAGGAACUGGUCAGUGCAAGAGGAACCAGGAACACCAGAGCAGGGUGCUGAGCUGUGUCCUUGAUUGGUUCAGCUCAUUCCUACCUUCAGUCCCAGUGGAAACAGGGAAAGGCUUCCCUGCUCACCCUGCACCAUGGCUGCAGCGUGGGGUUAACAAGCCCGGCAGCUGCCCUCCCUUCCCUAGGCACGGGGCAAGCCAGCACAGCCCGCUCCUCCCUGCGGCUUCCUGCACACGCCUGCGGUUCCCUCUGCUGCAGGGCAGCUGAGAGACCGGUGGCCACUCUGUGCCUUUCAUUCCGUCUAAAAGCCAAAAAGAAUGGCUGGAAAGGGCUGGCACUGGGAGACCCAUUUCUUUGGGGUAUCAGGGCUUGUCCCAGCCAUGGCUGCACAGGCUGGGAAGAAGACAAGAAAGGGCCUUUUCCAGCACGCAGUCGGUUAUUGCAGAAACACUACUGCUACGUUAACUAUCGAGAUGUUAUAACCCGCUUGCUACCCAUUACAAAUAUUUGUAUCUUGCUGGUUUUAUUACAAAUAACGUGCCUUACGUAAAGACAAAAAGGCCAAUACGGCAUCUCAGUUUGCACUAACACUGCCCUGUUUACUACUGCACCAACACUGCCCUGUUCACUAUUGCACCUAUCGGAAGAGACCAAUAAAUAAAGACUUCUUUCCUCA